CGCGUCUGCAGGUUAACGCCUUUCCCCUCCGUGUCAAUGUGGAAUAUAUGUGUUUUUUGUCGGCAUGUUUUCGGCUCAUUUUAAUGGUAAAUUGUCCUCUGAUAAUGAUGAUGGUCGCGGUUCACGGUCUCCACCGGCCGAGCGAGCAAUCCGCGCGUCACGUCUCCCGUUCAGUGUUGAAGCUCUUAUGUCGAAGAAAGACGCAAGAAAUGAGUCAACCUGUCCGGAAACGAUCCGGAAGACAUGCAUUAUAAAUCAGGACGAUCGAUCAGUGGACUUUUCUGAACAUUGCGUUUGUGUUAAAGAGGAGUCUGCAUCCUGGAUUAAUAAACCUGGAUUAUCAACGCCACCACGCGCAUCGAGCCCGGCAACAUGCUCACUCAGGAAACACAAGACAAACCGUAAACCUCGAACUCCUUUCACCACCACUCAGCUCUUGGCCCUCGAGCGGAGGUUUCGUCAAAAGCAAUACCUGUCCAUAGCAGAACGUGCUGAAUUUUCCAGUUCUCUCAGCCUAACCGAGACGCAGGUGAAGAUCUGGUUCCAGAACCGCAGGGCGAAGGCCAAGCGACUGCAGGAAUCAGAGCUUGAAAGGCUCAAAAUGACCUCCAAACCUAUUUUGAAUCCAGGCCUCACUCUCCCGUUCCAACUUUGUACGCAAGCCCAGCCGGCAGCACUGUUCUGUGGACAGUCAUUUCCAUUACACAGACAUAUGCUGCCCAUUCCACCUGUUGGAAUAUACUCGACACCAAUGGGCUACAGUAUAUGCCCUCUCUCAAAAGAUGGGUCCCGUCUAGAGUUUCGACAUUAAUUAGCAUGUUUCAGCAUGUUUGAGACACAAUGAACACAAAUACCCCUUGUUCGUCUGCUGGACAUAUAGACAUUUUUUAAAUGUUUAAUGGUGGAGACUGAGCUGUAAGGAUAAGAGAUUUUAUAUAUGAUUAGAGUUAGUUUAUACAUUUGAUUGUCUUUCGUACGCAAACAGUGUGCUUUGGUGGCAAUAGAGAGAGCGGUUAGAAAUUUGCUAUUUGGACAAUUUUUUUCCAUUACAUAGUUUCACAUUUUUUUUGCAUCUUGUCAACCCAGAUGAAAAAAGUGCACUAUAAUACACUUAAUUGUACUUAAAGCACUCCAUUUUUAUGCACCACUUUUGUACUUCAUAUACAAAAAAAAAAUAUUUUUAGUAUUUCUUAAGAUAAACUAAAGAAGAUCCAAGUGUACUCAACUUUGAGACACAAUGAACACAAGUGCAACUAUAUUUUUAGUAUAUUAAGUACAAAAGGAAUGUGCCACAAGAAGUGUGACAAAAUCAAUUUAAGUAGCCUAAAUUAUGGAAGCAUAUUUGAAUAAAGCGCACUAAAUGUGCUUUUUGCUUGAGAAAUCAUAAAAGAAUUUAAGUAGGAUAAAAUAUCACUGAAAAAUUUGUAUGUAUUCAAUUAUCUAGUGAGUUGAGCUCAGCUUUUAUUUUUCAAAGCGGUUUUAAUUGUUCACAAAUGUCAUAAUGAC